AUGGCCAUCACGACUGAUAGAAAUGAUAAUCAUCUCCUUGAAAUUCACACAGCCCCUAAAGGUCCAGUGACCCGCCGCAAGGCCCCUGGAGGGACGCAGAAGCAGAGUUUGUAUGCCAUGGGUGCUGGAAGCCAGAGUUGGAGACCAGAGCCCAGUGACAUCACCAAGUGUUCAGAGAAAGCAAGUAGAGGCCUCAAUGAUGGCAGAGGGAAACGGCAACUAGUCGUGUUCGAGGAGCGGAACACGGCUAGAAAUGGCAAGGCUCCUGUCAUUACAUCCCUGGGUGGAGAAGCAGAAGGACUCUUCCUCAGAGGGGGGAUGGUUGGCAGGACACUUUUGAAUCAGCAUACCCAAUCUUCACAAGAAGGUAAUUGUGUAGGUAAAUGUGAGCGAGUUGAUGUUGUCAUUGAUGUUGAAUCUCAAGAGGAAAAUGUUGGAGAAGCAGGAGAAGUCACAGGCGAGUUCGCUCCGCGUUUAAGGUCGCUGCCUGAAAGAAGCAGCGUAGGAUUGUCUGAGGGACAACCAGAAGAAAAGCGGGAGUUGUUACUGAGACGACAAGACCUGUUCUCCAAGGGAUCCAUGGACUUGGGACAGACAAGCAUAGUCGCACACAAGACAGAGACGGGUGAUGCUGAACCUAGUUUACCCCUAGCUAAGAGGGAGGAGGCUGUCAGAGCUUUUGAUGAGAUGAAGUCUCAAGGAGUGAUAGAGCCAGCAUCAGGAGAAUGGGGUUCAAUGAUUGUACUCGUUAAGAAAGAUGGCAGUAUGCGUUUUUGCGUGGAAUAUCGAUGUUUGAAUCGGGUGACAAAGAAAGAUUCUUACCCGCUUCCUCGUAUUGACGACAUCUUAGAUGCAUUGACGGGCUCCCAGUGGUUUUGCGCCCUUGACCUGUAUUCCGGAUAUUGGCAUCCUCGAAGGAAGAAAGGUGUAUCACCUAAACUGAUGUCAGACUUGUGA